UUGUCAGUAACGAAAAAAAGUGGUGACAACCGGUGGAGUAGACGUGUUAUGGAGUGGAGACCGCGUCUAGGCAAACGUAGUGUGGGACGCCCCCUGACCAGAUGGAGCGACGAUCAGCACAAGGUGGCUGGUAGAAACUGGAUGCGUGUAACCGAAGAUCGGGCUAAGUGGCGCGCCUUGGGAGAGGCCUAUGUUCAGCAGUGGACUGCCGCAGGCUGA